AUGUCCAAACGACAUGCUGGUCUGACUGAAAAUAUUAGUGGACUUCAAGUUUUUCAUUUAUUUAGUGAUUCUUAUCAAGCAACUUUAUCAUUGCCACAAUCAAUUCAGUCGUUGAAGAAUAUUGCUCUCUACUUUUUAGGUGUUAUCUCUAUUUUGGGAAAUCUGCAAAGUCUUGAGACACUUGAUUUGGAUAAGUGUAAAAUUAAUGAGUUGCUAGACGGACUUGCAAAACUAAGUAAUCUUAGAUUGUUGAACUUGAGAAGUUAUGAAAUUAUGAGGAAUAAUCCAUUUGAAGUGAUUGAAGGAUGCUCAUCACUUGAAGAGUUGUCAUUGAUACAAUGCCUGAUGUUGAUCUCCCUGUUUCAAGUAACUACCGCUCGUAGCCUAGUGUCGUUGGCAAUAGUUUGUUGCAGCCAUCUUGAAUACAUAAUAAUAGAUGAAAGAUAA